AUGCAUCAAGCACAGAAACGGCCGAGUCAGAGACUUCUUGGCUCAAGAGCCCCUCAAAGCAGUGACAAUGAACUAUCAUGGACGAGCUUUCUCAAGUUGGAAGAUGAUCCAUGGCUCUGUGACCAAUUGAUAUUCUGCAGCAAGACGUUUCCAGUUGCUGGAUACGUGGCGAUAGCCGGUGAAUGUGUGCGGCAGCUGUCAGAGUCAAAGUUGGAAUUCUUCUCUGUGAAAAAUCUCUCCAUUACCUCUGCUCUGGUUUUCGAUUCCGACGACAAACUUGAACUUCACACGAAGCUUCGACAACAUGGCCUGAAUGAGGAGAACAAACAGUGGUAUGAGAUCGAGAUUGCUUCCCACAAUGCAGGCCAAUCGAUAGAGCUGUGUACCGGUCUGGUAGCACGGGAGGCCGUUCUCGACACAGAAAUGCUGCAAGAUCUUACUUUUAAUGAAGGUUCCCACAGGCCGGUCAGUUCAGACUACUGGUAUGAAAUGAUAGCAGAUCGUGGCAUCAAGUAUGGCGCCUCACAGCGAGGCCUCCGCGAUAUCUCGGCAGCCUUCACAGAAAACAAAGCGAGUGCCAAGGUUAUGCCAAUGCUCGAUGCAACGGAUUCUGUCGCUCAUCCAGUCUUCAUCGACCACUGUUUGCAAGUCUCGAUGAUCGCAGCUUGCAAAGGCCAAGGUCGGCUAUUGGCCGAUUUGUCUGCUAUAACAUCGAUCCAGCACCUUGUCGUUUCCAACGACGCUUGGAGCAAGCUUAAAGUGAACGGAGUGGUCAGCCCAGGUCACCCUCAGGAUUCGACGUACAGAUUUUCUGCUGUGAAUGAAAGUGGUCUUCCAAUCCUCAGUGGACAGUGCAAAAUCACCGCCAUCCCUGACCUGGAACAACAAUCAGACAGCAAGCUGUUUUCCUUUAUCAAUUGGGACAUUGAUUCAACUUACCACAGCUUGAAUGAUCUUUUGGCAUCGUUUCAGUCUGAUCUAGACUCAACUGUUGCCCUCGAGCGCUUAGCUCUACUCUUUGCUCUGCGGUCAGAGGAUAUUGGCGCACACAGCCAACCAUACUCGAAGAGGAUUCUGAAGAUACUUGGCACCAGGAGAAAGGGAAGAUUCGGACUAGUACCCGAUGUAUCUCCUUUUGUCGAGUGCGAGCCCAGCAGCCGUACCAAGCUUAUUGAAUUGCUCAAGACUCAAAUAAGUGGAACAGAACAGUCCUCCUUCGGUCUUGCAUUGGAAAGGUGUCUCACAGACAAUACUCCGUUCUCGAAAAGCGACAGCGAGAGACAGCUCCUACUUGAUCAAUUGCAUCCACUCAUCCGGAACAGUGGGACGCUGUGCGAAUUACUUCGGCUCCUAGCUCAUAAGAACCCCAAGCUGAAAGUCCUCGAACUCGGAAGUGGCCCAAAAGACAGCACAAAUCUAGUGCUGAAGGGUCUUCGAACACAAUUUGAUGAGCCGUUAUAUUCCUCAUACCUGUCCGCUUCGACGUCACUGGAUGCUACAACCAACCGAAAGGAGAGUCCAAGGGAAAGCGGUGAUGUUCAGUCGCUCUUUUUCAACGCCGAGAAAAGCAUUGAAGAUCAAGGAUUGAAGGCAGGAACCUAUGAUCUCAUAAUCAUUACAGACUUUGCAGCAUUGGCGAGCAAUGCACCAAGUGGUGCAAAAAAGCUCAAACAACUUAUCCAUCCUCGAGGACAUCUAGUACUGCUCGAGGGCGUUCCAGAACCAGAAUGGUUAUUGGUGCUAAAGGAUUACUUGACCAAAGAGUCUUCAAAUGCUUCAACUGGUCCUAAAACCAAGUCCGCCUUUGAAGAUGUGUAUGCGGCACUGAUAGAGAAUGAUUUCGUAUUUGACGGCCAGGAUAACAAAUCGACCUCAGCACCCAAAGUUUUCGCGAGGCUGAAUGAAUCUGUUCCCGAAAUUUCGUCGGAAAUUACGGUUGUCGGUCCCGCAUAUCAUCUUCCUCUCAUUCGCGAAGUUGAGAAGACCUUCGGGAACCACAACAUAAAGUGCGUGAAAAGAACGAUAUAUGACGACAUACCACCUAACCGAGACACUAUGGUAUUUGUCGACUUCGAUGAGCCAUAUCUGUACAACAUCACAGAAGCUGAACUGUCUAAAUUUGUGAAGCUUGUCUCAGGCAUGAAAGGCAAAAUGAUCUGGGUUACUCCAAGUGCCCAGAUCUAUUGCAAGAAUCCUAACUCAUCAAUGAUACUCGGCCUGAUGAGAACCAUCAGAUCUGAAUUCAAAAAGGACAUUACCACGGUGGAAUUGGAUCCGAAGCGCACAAUGAAUGCCAGCUUGAGCAAAUCGCUCCUCAAAAUAUACGAAGGCCUCAGCCGUCGCGUCAAGUCGAAAGACCUCGACCAUGACUACGAAUACGCGAUUGUUGAUGGAGAAAUCAAGAUACCAAGGCUACAAUGGACAACAGCUGAAGCAGAGUAUGCUAAUCUAGCAGCCCGCCCUGUUGAACACAACGUUAGCUCUCAAAACGUCAGCCCUAUGACCGCUGUGGUCCCUGCAUCUGUCCAUUUUCGAUCCAACUGCUGCUACCUACUAGUUGGAGGACUGGGGGGACUCGGCCGGAUGAUAUCGACAUGGAUGGUAGAAAAUGGAGCUCGAGAAAUCAUUUUCUUUUCUCGCUCUGCGAAGGAAGGGCCUGAGACUACGCCUUUUUUUGACGGACUUCGAGCCCAAGGAUGUACAGUCACACCAUUUGUGGGCAGUAUCACAAGCCUGCCAGAUGUAGAGGAAGCCAUCAAGCAAGCGACGACCCCAAUUGCUGGCGUCGUUCAGAUGUCAGCUGUUAUGCGGGACAACUUAAUGUCACAGAUGACAUUCAAUGAGUGGCAAAGUAGUGUACAGCCAAAGGUUCAAGGCACUUGGAACCUCCAUCACGCUACCCUUUCUGCGGACCUAGACUUUUUCUUGCUUUUCUCUUCGAUCUGUGGCAUCACAGGUCAAUGGGGACAGGGGAACUACAACGCGGCAAACUCGUUCUUAGACGCAUUUGUCAACUAUCGUCAUGGCCAGAAUCUUCCAGCUUCGGUCAUUGACAUUGGUUUCAUGGGAAGCAUUGGUAUGGCAGUGAAGAGCGAAGCUCUCAUGAAAAAUUUGAAGAGGAGCGGUUAUUACUUUCUCAAUGAGCGACACCUAAUUGAUGCUCUGACUAUAUCGCUAGCUCAUUCCCGUCCUGGAGGCGAUCAACUUAUGCACCGAAGUCAGCUCGGCCUUGGUAUAAGGUCGACGAAGCCCAUGGCUACCCCUACAUGUCGGGUGGCCUGGAAGAAAGAUUCUCGGAUGGCUAUAUCACAUCACUUUGAGCCUAUUGGUGGAAUUGGAGAUCAGGAAGUCAAGAAUCUCCUCAAUUGUGCUUAUAAAACCAGGAAAGACUGA